ACUCACUCAUCCACAUCGCGCCAAGGAGAAGCUAUCCGCGACUUGAUUUUGCAAGCAAGGAUCGAUGAGCUGCCAGGAGGAGAGGCCACCGGCGGUGGCCGACGGCACCAAGAUAACGAUCGGCGAGGCGCUGGAGGCGGCGGCGCUCUCGGCGGGAGACCAGCCGGUGGAGCCGAGCGACGCCGCGGCGAUCGAGGCGGCGGAGGCGCGCGCGGCCGGUCGGCUGCAGGACGACGACGACGACGACGACGACGACGACGCAGACGCCGCCGCCGCGCCGGCCGGCCUCGCCGCGCGGGCGCGUGCCGCCGCGGACGCCAACGCCCGGGCGGAGCGCGACGAGGACAAGACCACGCUCGGCGACGUCCUCGCGGACGCGGCGGCGAAGCUGGGCGGCGCGGACAAGGAGGUGGAGAGGGAGGACGCGGUGCGGGUGGUCGGGGUGGAGGUGCGCAGCAAGCCCGACGCGGCGGCGCGGCCGGGAGGGGUGGCGGCGUCCAUCGCCGCGGCGGCGCGGCUCAACCGUGGGCGCCAGUAGAAGAAAAUGGCGGCGUCUGGCACCACUGCCUCUCUGCAAUACACGCCUUGUGCUUAUAUAAAGUUAUAUACUGUAAUCGUGUAAUUGGGAUGCUGCACCUGCAGGCUUCCAGUGACUUUGUGUUUGGAAUUAAUCAUGCAAAAACACACUGGCAUUCACCAUAUUGAAAUAUUAAUUUUGCUAUUGGCAUUCGCUAAAUCGUGACAUGAUCGCGUGUGCUAAUUGCCACUAGUCUUGAUGCGUCAUUUCAUUUCUCUGAGGCAGCAAUAGAUGUUACUUAUCGCUUGA